AUGGCAUACCAAGAAAUGUGUCUAAAUACCAUUGCUUUUAAAGGGGUGUCUACUGCUGACCAUAAAUCAACUUUAAAUGGUUCCAAGAUGUUUGGUUGUACUUGGGGUGCUUUACCUUCUGGGUGA